AUGGGCUUCCUCCCAGACUGUGGGCUGCUCUUCCUACUCAUCAGCACCCUGGGGAUGGAGAGGGGCAGUGGGGAGCUCACCUGCUCAUCUUGUCACCCCCAUGUUAUUCUGCAGGGGCAGCAAGGGGGGCACUCAGGGGAAGGAGGAAUGGGGUACAGGGUGCAGAGGAUGCAUAGAGGUAGCAUGGAUGAGAGGGGGCAACAGGCAGCUGGUGGUGAUGGUAUAGGGGGUAGUUUAGGGGAUCAGGACCAGCUUGAUGCUUCUUGGGUGGGGGGUGCCACUGGGGCUCUGAGGGUCCUCAGGGGCAAUAACUAUAUGGGAGAGGAGUAUGAGGGGGCUGGGGAUAAGGUGGAUGCAGGGGACAAGUCUCUGGGGACAUGGGGGGAGAUAGAGGAUAGAGUUGGGGAUGUCAAGGGUAAGAGUGGAGGGGGCAGUCGGUUUGUGGGUACAGGGGGCAGUCGGUUUGUGGGUGCAGGGGACAGUCGGUUUGUGGGUACAGGGAGUUUUAGGGGUGACAGAUCUGGCCACUAUAUGGAUGCCACUGAUAUUGAUCAGGGGGUGAGUGCUGCGAGUUAUGGGAGUUACAGAAAUGGACAGAAUUGGGGUUCCGAGGGGGAUCAGGAUGGGGGAGACCGGGGAGACAGCAGCCAGUUUGGGGGUUCUGGGGGGGAUCAGGCUGACACGGGCAGUCUGUUUCAGGGUGACAGCCGCACACCCCACGGGGACCCCACGCGUGGGCGCAGAUCUGAGCGAAGCCCCCGGGAGGCUGCGGGGCGCAGGGUGAUCCGGGCUCAGGCCCGGGAGCCGGACAGGGGCAGCCGAUUCCGGGCUGAGGAGCUGAGGCUGAGCAGCAGUACGUUCUCCCUGACCGGAGACUCCGCUCACAACCAAGCCAUGGUGCACUGGUCCGGGCACAACAGCAGCGUGAUACUAAUCCUGACGAAGUUGUACGAUUAUAACCUGGGAAGCAUUACAGAGAGCUCGCUCUGGAGAUCCACGGACUACGGGACGACGUACGAGAAGCUGAACGAUAAAGUUGGAUUAAAGACCAUCCUGAGCUAUCUUUACGUCUGCCCUACAAAUAAGCGCAAGAUCAUGCUCCUGACGGAUCCGGAGAUAGAGAGCAGUCUGAUGAUCAGCUCGGAUGAAGGGGCCACGUAUCAGAAAUACCGACUGAACUUUUACAUCCACAGCCUCCUCUUCCACCCCAAGCAGGAGGACUGGAUCCUGGCGUAUAGCCAAGACCAGAAGCUGUACAGCUCCUCGGAGUUCGGGAGGCGUUGGCUGCUUCUAAGCGAAGCCGUUUCACCCAACAGAUUUUAUUGGACGGUGACUGUUUCUAACCGCGAUGCCGAUCUGGUUCAUCUGGAGACAAAAACAGCCGAAGGACAUUCUCAGUAUAUUGUCUGCCGGAUGCACAACUGCUCGGAAUUGGUGAGGACCAAGCCUUUUCCAGGAAACAUCGAUACCAACUCGCUCAUCGUGCAGGAUGAGUAUGUGUUCGUCCAGUUAACUUCAGGAGGCCGACCGCACUACUACGUCUCGUACAGAAGAGAACCCUUCUCGCAGAUGAAGUUACCAAAAUACGCCCUGCCCAAGGACAUGCACGUGAUCAGCACUGACGAAAACCAGGUCUUUGUGGCCAUUCAGGAAUGGAACCAGAACGAGACGUAUAACCUGUAUAUUUCCGACACGCGGGGGAUCUUCUUCACCCUCGCCCUGGAAAACGUGAAGAGCAGCAGAGGACCCGAGGGCAACGUGAUGAUCGAUCUCUACGAGGUAGCAGGGAUAAAGGGGAUGUUCUUGGCUAAUAAGAGGAUUGACAACCAAGUGAAGACAUUUAUCACGUACAACAAAGGAAGAGACUGGCACCUGCUUCAGGCUCCUGACACUGAUCUGAGAGGCAACGCCAUAAACUGCCUGCUGCCGUAUUGCUCUUUACACCUCCACUUGAAAGUCUCCGAAAAUCCGUACACGACCGGUAACAUAGCGAGCAGAGAUACGGCGCCCGGCAUCAUCGUGGCUUCAGGGAAUAUUGGAUCGGAACUGACGGAAAGUGAGCUCAGUAUGUUCGUCUCAUCGGAUGCCGGGAACACUUGGAGACAGAUAUUUGAAGAGGAGCACAGUGUUUUGUUCCUGGAUCAAGGCGGUGUUUUGGUUGCCAUGAAACACACUUCACUCCCGAUCCGCCAUUUAUGGCUAAGUUUUGAUGAGGGCCGGUCGUGGAGCAAAUACACCUUCACGUCAAACCCACUGUUCGUCGACGGUGUUCUGGGGGAGCCGGGGGAAGAGACAUUGAUUAUGACGGUCUUUGGCCAUUUCGGCCACCGAUCAGAGUGGCAGCUGGUGAAAGUGGACUACAAGUCAAUUUUCGACCGGCGAUGUACCCCAGAAGAUUACUUACCGUGGCAACUCCACAGCCAGGGAGAAGCCUGUAUAAUGGGAGCCAAGCGGACGUACAAGAAACGGAGAUUAGAGCGGAAAUGUAUGCAAGGAAGGUACCCCAGAACGAUGUCAUCUGACCCCUGCGUGUGCACCGAGGCGGACUUUGAGUGUGAUUAUGGCUACGAGAGGUACACCAAUGGCCAGUGUUUGCCGGCGUUCUGGUACAACCCGUCUUCAUUAUCGAAGGACUGCAGCUAUGGGCAGAGUUACCUGAACAGCACUGGAUACAGAAAAGUUGUCUCUAAUAACUGCACGGACGGCGUGAGGGAGCAGUACACGGCUAAACCGCAGCAAUGUCCCGGGAAAGCGCCCCACGGUCUGCGUAUCAUAACGAUGGAUGGCAAACUAACCGCCGAGCAAGGACACAACGUCACGUUUGCCCUACAGCUGGAGGAGGGAGACGUUCAGAGGAUGAAUAUUCAGGUGGAUUUCGGGGAUGGCAUAGCUGCUUCGUACGCCAACCUCAGUGCCACGGAGGACGGCAUCAAACAUGUCUACCAGAACGUGGGAAUCUUCCGUGUCUCGGUGCAGGUGGACAACAACCUGGGAUCCGCCAGCGCGACCCUCUACUUACACGUAACCGCCCCCCUGGAACAUGUCCAUUUGGUGCUGCCGUUCGUAACCACAAAGAAUAAAGAGGUGAAUGCGUCGGUGGUCCUGUGGCCGAGUCACGUGGGGACCCUCACGUACAUCUGGUGGCUUGGAAAUAACAGCGAGCCGCUCAUCAGUCUGGACGGAAGCAUCUCCUUCACGUUUACAGCCGAAGGAAUGAACGCGAUCACCGUGCAGGUCUCGGCAGGGAAUGCGAUUCUCCAGGACACCAAGACCAUCGCUGUGUAUGAGCAGUUCCAGUCUUUGAGGUUGUCGUUCUCACCCAACCUGGACGAAUACAACCCCGACAUCCCUGAGUGGAGAAAAGAUAUAAGUCGUGUGAUUAAGAAGGCGCUCAUGUAUGCGACCGGGGUGAACAGCAAGCAGAUUUUGGUCGCCAUCCUUCCGGGAUUGCCCACUUCUGCAGAACUCUUUAUCCUGCCGUAUCCAGAUGGGCCGGGCGAAGGCAAGAAGAAGUCCGAAGACCUAGUGCAGAUUUCUGACGUAUUCAUCAACAAACUCAACCAAGACCUGGUGCAUUUCGAGCUGAAGCCGGGCGUCCGCGUCCUCGUCCACGCGGCUCAUCUAACAGCAGCCCCGUUGGUGGACCUGGCUUCGACUCACAGCGGAUCCGCGAUGCUGAUGCUCCUCUCCGUGGUCUUUGUGGGGCUGGCCGUCUUCGUCAUCUACAAAUUCAAGAGGAAAAUUCCUGGAAUUAAUGUUUAUGCACAGAUGCAGAAUGAGAAAGAGAGAGAGAUGGUCAGCCCAGGGAGUCAAAAUGAAAGCAUGCUAUCACCUAUUGUCACUCACACUCAGCCGGUGGGCCCUGAGCAGCUGGUACAGGGCAAGGUGGAAACUCAGCCCAUAGGAAGUAUUUCCAUAGUUGCUGAAAAUCAAAGCACAAACGAAAACCCAACCUAUGUAAAUGUUUGAACGGAAGACGUCCCCCCUGCAUUCGGGCAUCAAUUCUUCAGAUGAAACGAUGGUUUAUAGCUUUAAACCUGUUCGAGAGGAUACGUCGGAAUAUGUACAGGUUCCAAAUUUCAAAGGGGCACUUCUACCUUCUUAAUCAAUUCACUUGUGUUUGUAAGUGAUGAAAUACUUUCCUUAUACCAAGAAAUUGCAUGUAAUAAACCCCUAUACUCAAGGUCUUAGGAUCCGAGGUGGGCGUGAAAGAGACCCGUUCUACCCAAACUACUCCAGACACAACCAGUAGCAGCACUACCCACACCAAAUGCACCCUAUAUUUUGAGAUGGGGAGAAUUUUUUUAUUCCCCGCAGAAUUUUCGGGAUUCCUACACUUCCAAAAGGGUUCUAUGUUAUGGAGCCACCUGGUGGUGAAGAAGUGUUACUGCAAGUCAAGCUGCUCUGGUAGCUUUUUGAGUGCCAAAGUAGAGAAGUCUCAACCUUUUCUGCACUCUGGGGGUUCAAAGUAAAUGAUCUGCGACUCUUUCGCAUCUGGAAGAGGCCUAUUCUUUUUUUGGCAGGGAGAUAUGACAUCAUCUUGUGCUUUUAUUAGAAGGGGGGUGGGAAGGAAGUUGCUUGUAUAUAGACCUUUCUAAAGAAAUUGUAUAAAUCGUUAAAAAAAAAAAAAGUUUUAGUUCACUCAUAAUUGGUCAAAUGUGAUGUCAGCUGAUUUGACUCUAUAUCACAAACAGUAUUCAGACAGAAAGGCAUUCUGGGCGAUAGCAAUGUGGUUUUCUUUUAACCCUUUUGGUCCAAGAUGAUAUCUGAAUGUGUUGAGUUACUGUACGCAUGCAUUCAAAGGAUCUGCGCAUAGCAGUCUGUGUUGUGUUUGAAACAUUUGAACUUAAGCCUGUAUAAGGCAAAUAUUCAGAGAUGACAUCAUGUGCGUGAUAAUAUCCUGACGCUUUAAAAAAAACAAACUAAACAUUUUUUUGUUUUGCUCAUUCAGCAACACUUUGAGUGUCUGUUUGGUUGCAAUUCCUAUUAUUUAUUUAUUUUUUUAAAAAAAAAUAAAAGAACACAUUGGAAUUUAGAAUUUAGUCGGAAACAAAUUCAUACAGAACCAAAUCCACAAAGGAUCGGAUGCCACUUUCACGUCAUAAAAGGCUGAAGCAACGAGAAGAUCAAUUCCGCUGCUGUUAACGGCGUCCUUUCCGUCCUACGUAUUAUUACAGUAUGCGAUAUGUUGGAAACUAACAAAAAGCAAUUAUUAGCACCGAUAAUAUGUUCUUUUCUCUGUGUUGCUGGAGUCCUGUCCUUGUCUAUUGUUAUUGCGACAACAAGAUCUUAGAUAAUGUUUAAAGUAUAUAAUUGCUUCCGGUUUCCUGUCAAUCCACUGGAACUAGCGAAGGUUCUGUAACAGAAAACACCAGCAAAGACUGUCAUUUAUAGUACUGUUUGACCACACCCACUUCCUGCCCAUGCCCCACCCACUCCCCUACUCAGAUAAUUGCCCACCCCUUUUAAGUCUAUUUAGGGCUAUCUCUACCAAUGAGCAUGGCUAGCUCUGACCCUUAUGUAGUCCCCGCCCCUUUUCCCAUCCCCCUAUAAGUAGCUCGAGAGCUUCCGGCACCAGGCAGUACCCCGGUAUGGUAGAAAAGUCCUUUGGGGAAAGAUUACUGAGCAGGAAUACCAUGACUGAAUAUUAAUCUAUAGAUCUAGUAAUUAACCAUGUAAAUGAGCUUAAUGAAAAUGGUGUUUCAAGGGUUAAACUCUAUAUUUAACAGCUAUUGUCCCGCUAUAACUAGAGGGAAUGUUUUUUUUUUUUUCCUCACCGUAGCGACCAACUGAAUGGUCCAUUUAGCACAAUAUUUUAUUGGUUUCUAUGGCGAUAAAACCACUUCUGGAACUUCGGAUCAGAACCACUUUUUAUGCAUAUUCUUUUCAAUAAAAUAUCUACACUAAUGAAAUAUUGUUAAAACUGAGAAUAUGCCAGCGAGUUCCCUCGGCUUUUUUGGGGGGGAUGGGGAAAAUACUUUGGAACUUAAGUUUAAACGAUGGCUGUAGACACCUCAUUAUAUGUCGGAACAGUGGAACUCAAUCACAAGUGAAUCCCAAUCCCAAUGAAUGGGCAGAAGCUGAUAUUCAAUUAAGGAAAAAUGUUAUUUUUUUAAUCGUUUUCCAGAAUAAGUGAAAGCAGAGAAAAGGAUAGAUAUUUUAUUUAUCUUAAUUUUUUUUCUUACCCUUUUUAGAAACCUUAACAGUUACUUGACUGUAUUCUUUGGUUAAUAAUACCAAAAAUAUAAAAAAUAUUUUUUUUAGGUAUAUCCACAGUGUGUCUAUAUAUAUAUAUAUAUAUACACAUGGGGCAGACCAUUUUAGGUUAAAUUAAGACCCUAAUUUCUGACCCAUCUCAUAUUUAUAAGUAGCAAUUCUGGGGCAAUCACCAUGGAAACCAGCUGACUCAAUUAACCCUUUCCCUAGAAUUGUUCUUUAUACAUAUGUUCAUGCAUUAGCUAAUAUAACUAUAACACUGCCCUGGUGCCAACAGUGAAUGCGGAAUAUUUUAGAAAAAAAAUUGCGAUAUUUCAAUACUUUCUGUUUUCAGGUAUUAUGUGGGUUUAAUGUGAUACUUAAAAUUAAGUUUAUAUGAAAGAAUAUAAAUGGUUUUAAACUCAGGAUUCAUGAUCAUAAAAAUAUUACAUUGCAAUAAAAUUUGAAGUAUACAUUUGUACUUUUAUAAUGGAUGACAUCAUAACUUUUCUUUUCUCCCUCUUCAGUAUAUCGGUGAAGUGUAUUUUGGGAAUUUUAUUUCAACUGCAUUUUAACACAAAUUCUCUUUAUAAAUCUUCCUGACAAAGUUUUUGAACUAACCAAUUUGGCGCGAAAAGCAAGGACCUUAAAAGGGUUAAUACAAUGGCAAAGGGAAAAACAUUGUAUCACCGUAGGAAUGCCGUAUAUAUAUAUAUAUAUAUAUUUUAAUGUGCAAAUUUGUGCUGGUUUUCCUCUUAUUUUACAAGUUUGUAGGAAAAUAAAUUCUUAAAUAAAAUAUUAUUGGUAUCGGAGU